CGAAACGUGACAGAAAUGUAGUGCAACUGUUUUACCAUGAUAUUCGAUUUUUUUGCUCUGGUGUUGUGUAUCCUGAAUGGAAUUGGAUGUUUAUCACCUCAUAUCUCAAACAAAGACACAAGUAGUAUACCACCUGGACUUCGUCAUACACGGGUAGGAUUUAAGCACCGAUGGGUUAAUCAAUCCGGAGGAUGUUACACAACUCAACCUAAUGGUUCGAGUAUAGCUGUCGAUGCUACAACAACAGUUAGUGACGAGGCUCUUAGCAAAGCAUGCACUAUUAUCGGAUUAAUGAUCAAACAUAUGUCUACAGAAAUAUUUGACUACAGCUCCAGAGGACAUGGAGUAGGUGUUUUUGCAAAAUCAGAUGGAAUGGGAGUGUAUCCAGAAAACGCUAACGUCAGAGAUACACCAGAGUGUCAUAAAAUGUGUAAUGGUACAUGUUCACAUACAUGUACAUUCGAUGGGAGGAAGUAUGCUUCAAUUGCUGGUCUAACUAAUUCAAGGUCCGUUGUCUUAGAUGAUAACAUUUUGUGUAAUAACAAGGAUCCUUACAAUCGUAAAGAGAGUAUUUGUGUGCAUGAGUUUGGCCAUCAAGUUUUUAAACACUUACCAACAUCAUACAAAAACAGGUUUGAUUAUAUCUACCAUUAUGAUAAACAACACAAAAUUUGGAAGGACGGAUAUGGUAUGGCUACCUCUGCCGAGUUUUGGGCUGAAGCAACAUCUGCUUGGUUUCAUACUGCCGUAUACCCAGGCCUUCAUAGCCCUUCAGUAGGAUUAGACUUGUGCAAUUUUGAUCAGGUUUGCGGUUCAGAGAUGGAAAAUAGACAGUGGCUGAGAACCCAUGACCCAUCUUUGUAUAACUUGCUGAGUAAAGUGUACACAAACAAUCAACCAUAUUUACCAAGUGGCCUUAAAGUUUGCAUAUAAAUAAAUAUU